CACACAUAAAAAUAAGGUGGUAGUAGCGUGCUACUACGUGCUGACAGCCGUGGUGGGGGUGUGGCUGCCGUGUGGUGUAGUGACCGCGUGUAACGUCAAAGUGGCGGCCACUUUGAGUGGCCAGCGCCGGGAUAGUGGCAAGCGACAGCGUCGCUCUAAACAGGUGAUCAUCAUGGCGAAAACAGCUGGUGCAAAACGUGGUGUUAAAUACGAGGCAUCGGUGAGCAGUUUGGAUCCUAUGGGGCGAAUGGAUGCAGCAAAUGCACACAUGGCUGCCGAUAACAUGUUAAACUCGUCACUAAACGUCUGCAAUGGAGGAAAACGAAGGAAAAUAAAACAAACUUCAUUCAUGCCUAGAAAAAACAUGCAAAUUUCAUUGAGGCCUGCUCGAAAUAUACAGAAAAUAAUACACGCGCAACGUAAAAUGCGCGUAAAAUCUUCAGCACGAGAUGUGGCACUCACGCGGUCGCCCGCUGAGAUUCGGCAACGUCUUGCAAGGUCGCUAUUGGCUCUCGUCGUGAUAUUCGUCGUCUGCUGGAUGCCUUACAGCCUCUCAUUGGUUGUUUGGAGUUGCCACGCCAGCCAAUGGACGACGGCCACGUUAAAAGUUACCUUAUUUCUGGCCUAUUUCCACACUGCCUUGAACCCGGUUGUUUACUGGCUAAUGACCCAAACUUUUAAGGAAUGUUUGCAGAAUGUAAUAAACUUUUUCAGCUUUUGUAGUUGUGUACAUGCGUGUAAUAGGUGUUCAUGCGAUUUUACAGGAGAAAACAACUCUAAAUCUUGGUUUUACAGUGAUUCUUCAACAAAUGAAGAUAACCUAGGCCCUUUCCACCCUAGAUACACUAGGCCUAAGCUAAUCAGACCUCAGGUAUCCCGGUAUACGUCGCAUUACUUCCACUGAUGUAUUUUCUUCUACCUUCAUAUUCUUUUAUCUUGCUGAUUGGAAAGAUUGUCCUCAAUUCAUAUCAUUUCAGAUAAAAGUUAGUUAUUAUACCCAAAGCAA